GCGACAUCAGGGCUGUAUUCAUUCAUAGCGCCUGUUGUGUGUACGUGUUUUUCUAGUCAACGGUAACAUUCAAAGACGUGUAUAUUUGUGAAUAUAUAAACAUGUGCGGAGGCUUCACGUGUUCCAAGAAUGCUCUCACAGCGCUCAACAUCAUGUACAUUGUGGUGUCCUUUAUCCUCAUUGGUGUGGCCACCUAUGGGAGAGCCUCCAGCAUGGUCACCAACAUCACGAUAUUUGGCGCAGUCAUAGCCUGCGGUAGUUUCCUCUUCCUCCUCUCACUCGUAGGCCUUAUAGGAGCUGUCAAGCAUCACCAGGUGCUUCUGUUCUUUUACAUGGUGAUCCUCUUCCUGCUGUUUGUGGUGCAAUUCAGCGUGGCUUGCGCUUGCCUGGCCAUGACAGAGGAUCAGGAGCGCGAACUGGCCCACGAGGGCUGGGAGCGGGCCUCGGCCUCAGUGAAAGCGCAGGCCGAAUCGCUGUUCCACUGCUGCGGCUUUGAGCGGAACACCUCCAUUCCGGCGGAGGCGCAGUGCCAGAAGACUCCCACGUGCUGCACACCCUCCGCGGAGUUUGCGCCCCUUUCUGGGGCGGAGGAAGACUGCGAGUGCCAGGGCUGCUGGUCGGCGCUCCACCUGGCCAUCCGCAACGGGCUGAAAAUAACGGGGGGCGUUGGCAUGUUCUUCAGCUUCACGGAGCUCAUUGCGGUGUUCAUUGCGUACCGGUACCGGCUACAGAGAAACCCCAAGGCGGACCCUUAUUUACUCCUGGGGCUUCACGCCGGGUGACUGUAAUGUGUUUCACUAAUGUGACAUGUUCCUUUUUUGUCAUGUUUAAGUUCCUCUCAAUAGGUGGCAGGCCCAUUUUGCCGAAAAUUAUGCCCACGUGCUACAAAUUUUUGAGGCGGUAGCAACGCUGUCGUUCGUACAAAGAUGUUAUCGGUUACUGCAAGGUUGUUUGCUGGAGGACUACUUGAGCACUCUGAGCAAGCUUAACAGAUAGAUAAUGUUGGUGUAGAGCUGGCUCUGUUUCUGCAGUUUCCGUUAAGAACUAGUGAACAGCAGCACGCAAGCGAAUUGAGCAAAACAUUGACCCGUAAACGCAGUUGCUCUUUUUUAAAAAAAGAAUUUCGCGUCAUUUUACCACACUGAAUAUUUUUAGAUUAGUUUAUUUGUUCAACAAAGCUAUUCUGUACUUGAAUCGUAAAGCUGCCUGUCGGAUAAAAUGUGGACAUGCUGGCUUUGACGUACACUUCAGACUUAUUUGCACACUUGCCUUGAAGGUUUUUAUAUUUAUUUGUUUUUAUCUGAAGCAGGAAGCAUCCUAAGCUUCCGUGGCCAUUUUUGUGUGGAUAAAAAACUUUCGAAAGUAUAUAUAUAUAUAUAUAUACUAGAGUACUCCAACUGGUUUUAUACUAGUAAGAAGUCUGGUCAAUAGAAAUGUCUGUAAUGCGUUUCAGUACUUUUAACCCAUCCGAGCGAUAGAAUACAUUAUGUUGCAUCUUGUGCUCCAGGCACACGUGCAUUCCACUUGGAAUUUGAGCGGCAUUGAGUCGAAAUCUCUUCAUGAAUAUUGAAGUUCACCCUGCUUUCAUUGGUGGGAGGGGGUGAUGUGAACCGAAAAGGGAAAACAAAAAAAAAUGUUAAGAAAAUUCACCUUGCUUUCUUUGUUGACCCAUUUGCGAAUGUGUAUGGACAUCUAGCCUGCAGUCAUGUGCUGAUAUCUUGUUUCUGACUUUCGAAUGCCUCAAUGAACGAAUGGCACACAUUUUACCCUAUGAAUCUUGUCUACCCGUGUCCGAUGGACCGUGAAUAUUGGAUGUUGCUCGGACAUUUGAAAAUGAUUCAUUUGAAAUUCAUCAUCGGAAAUUGAUUCAUUUAUUUUAAUUCAACAACAACAACAAAAAUAAAUUUGUUGUUGUUGAUGGUACACACAAUGCUUGAUUAACUUUUUUGGCUCAGUCCCUCACUGGGACACCGGUUAAACUUAAAAUUUAUUGGGUGUUUCAGCGACGGGCUGAGUCCAAAGAGGAAUCAAGCAGUCAAGCAACACUGGAGUUGGAUGAAUUCUUUUUUUUUUUUGUAAGGCUGCAAAAAUCAUUGAGCGACUCGGUGAACUUCAAAUGAAUGAACACCGACGAUGAACAUGGGCCCACAACGGUCACCGAAGACUCAGUUGUCUUCAGAUGUUUCGCAUAUUUGAGAACUUGGAACCCUAGAUGUGAUUAGAUAUAGUAUAGAGAUUAUCCUAUGCUGAACACGUACAUGAGACACGUGUACACCUCGAGCAUUUCUUGUUCAUUUCCUUUUUCUCUGUGUGAGAUUGUCAAGUGCUUAUAUUGUAUCUCGAAGCAUUUUGCAGAGCCCUGUGCCUGUGUUGCAUUUACGUUGUUGUAGCCAUUGCCCUACAGUUGAACUUUAUGUUGUUUGUAGUACAGUUUUUACAAAUACUAAUAUCAGUGGAAGCUGUGAAAUUUAGGAAAGAUAACGCGUGGCUGUCGUCACUCACACGACACCACACAAUAUGGGAACACACGCGUAUGAGAUCUGAUUCCCACCAUUUGCGCAAUAUUUGUACACGGUCUUUACAAAUUCAAUACUCUCGGCGUAAAUAGCCCCCCUAAUACACUGAAAGAGGGCCGCACGUACCCAGCAGAAACAGCUACAUGUCAAGGCAGAAUCUGGCCAGACCUCCAUCAUGGUGGCAGCCCUCUUAACACUCCUAGAUUAGAUAACGCGCUCCACACCUUCCAUCAAGUGUUUUGCUUCUUCUCGAAUGCGUUCCAUACACCUGCCUGCGGAAACUUUUACGGUGAGCAAGAAGUCUGUGGAAGUGUCUUUCGUUAUCACGAAUGCAUUUCAGUUACUUGUGGCGGCCAUUUUGGGGCAGCGCUUACUUUAAAUCUGUGAUUUGGAAAGUAAUCGCGAGUAUCCGUGCCUCAUUCGUAAAGUGUGUUGGCGGAACUAGGAAACUUUCUCGUCUUAAAUUUUUACUUCAAUUUUAAUUAAAUUUUAAAUUUAAAUUUAAGUAAAAAUUUUCAUCAAAUUUUUGCUUAAAUUUUCACGUCUUAGAUUGUUUUGCUUCUUCUCGAAUGCAUUCCAUACACCUGCCUACGGAAACUUUUAUGGUGAGCAAGAAGUCUGCGGAAGUGUGUUUUUCGUUAUCACGAAUGCAUUUCAGUUACUUGUGGCGGCCAUUUUGGGGCAGGGCUUGCUUUAAAUCUGUGAUUUGGAAAGUAAUAGCGAGUAUCCGUGCCUCAUUCGUAAAGUGUGUUGGCGGAACUAGGAAACUUUCUCGUCUUAAAUUUUUACCUAAAUUUUAAUUAAAUUUUAAAUUUAAGUAAAAAUUUUCAUUUAAUUUUUACUUAAAUUUUCACGUCUUAAAUUGUUUUGCUUCUUCUCGAAUGCGUUCCAUACACCUGUCUACGUAAACGUUCACGGUGAGCAAGAAGUCUGCGGAAGCGUAUUUUCAUUAUUACGAAUGCAAUCAUACGAGAUUUUAGUUACUUGUGGCGGCCAUUUUGGGGCAGCGCUUACUUUAAAUCUGUGAUUUGGGAAGUAAUAGCAAGUAUCCGUGCCUCAUUCAUAAAGUGUGUUGGAAGCUUUCUUGUAGGUUGCGUAGAAUGGUAUGAGAGAGAUGUGUUCUCUAUCGGAAGAACAUUGUUACAACUAACGUGGGUACACUGCCCAAUUUCUGUCUGUGCUUUCGCUGGAGUUUGUCACUCACAAAACACUUGCUUUGUUAAAGAUUUUGUAAAGCGGCAGAGAGACGGGUUACUAUGUUAGCGGCGUAGUUUAACAGCUUGUAAACCCAGCACAGUUAGUUAUAUACAUGUGAUGAGGUACGCGAAAUAUUUUUAAUUUGCGAGUAAAAUUGCGGUAAAACGGCUCCCGGCGAUCUAGGGCAGGAAAUAAUCCCCAGUUUGUCGAGCAACAUGUUCCCGACUGGUUCGCCGCACAUGAUGACUGUGUGGCCGACAUGUAGCCGACUUUUGUUUCAGACACAGUGUUAUGAGCAUGCGGUGUGGUUUCGCCGCCAUACUCGGCGAGCAACGCGUAGCCGGUGGCGACUUCGACAAAGUUUUGCCCGUAAUUUUCAGUUUUAAUUUUCCAAGAAACUAUGAGCGCAAUUGUGACGAAAAUUGUGACGUGACAAUAUUGAGGGCUCGGGCCGUCGAACAGAUACAUUUUCUGAGAUUGCAGCUCUGCGACACAAGUGCUAUCCAAAACUUCCUCACCCAGUGUAGUUAGAGCAACUUAGCAUGUUAAAGCCCACACAUUGUACCAGUAUUUUGUCUCGUACUGCCUUGUAGAGAUCAUUAUUCUUAUCAUCUUCAACGGUACCCCAUUUAUUGACCUGGAUGUUAUUGAAGCAUCGUGAAUUUUACCAAGUAGAACACGAGAUCGGAACGAAAUGAGCAAUCCAACCAGCUGGAAUUAUUAAAUGCUUACAUGAAAUGAAGAAUGGCAGACAGGAAACCAAAAAGAAUUACAAAGAUCUCCGACCCUUAAAAGCAGCUGUUAGGAUAAGCGACGAGCUAAGGGAAAUCUGAAAACACAGAGCUCCGAAAUUCAGCGCUUCAGACCACGACUAUGAAUAUCCCACCGCAAAUAGUCCAAAAUAGUCCGCACAAAUUUCAAUUUCGUCUACACACCACCGAUAGACAUCUAUAGUCACGUGUUCACUUAUCUUCACUACAUGUCUAAUGCAAAAUGAUGUAGCGCAGAAUGAAAUUUUUUUUACAUACAUGCAUUUGUGUGCGCUUCUUACAUUACAUUUUGCAUGCUGAUAUGAAAAGCGUGCAAAAAAAUUCACGUGCAGUGUAGUUUUGCGACCGCACUUGACAAGCAAUGCGCUGUUGGUGGGGAGUUCGACACAGUUUUGCCCGUAAUUUUUAAUCCAAAUUUUCUGUAAGAAAUUAUGAGGGAUGCAUGUUAUAAGAAAACAUGGCGCAUGUCAGAUUGGCUAUGGACUACAAUACAUCCCGUGUGGAUGUCGCGUGCAAAUCUUAUUGCUUGUUGUUUCGCCUUUUUCUUUUUUUUUUUUUUCUGGGGGGAGGGGUAUUUUUGAGCAGUGUCAGAGGAUCGGAGCAUAUUUUUCUACGUUGAAUCACUGGCCAUCCGCUAGACUGUCCGAUGACUUCUCUGUGCAAUACAGGGAUGAUCUCUCUUGUAGGCAGCACGUGAAGACAAAUGCAGGGACAUAGUUUCUCAAUACUUUUUCUGUUCGUCCCAAAUGCAUUGAAGCUGUUUGCUCGGAAAAUUGACGGGCAAACAUUCCGUGCGCUAGAGCGCCCCCUACAAAUCGCAGCGGAAUCCCCGACUUGUUUGUUGAAAAGAGUGCGUAGCAUUGCUGGUGAUAGUGUGUGAUACCAGUGUGAUUACAAGUGAUAUACGAGUGAUAACAUUGUUCGAAAGACUGUCUCCCGUGUACCGCGUCUAUGCCACGGAUCUUGCCACGUAGUUGAGACAAGACUCAUAGCCGAUCUCAAGCGUGUGUAUGAAGUGUUUCUGAAUAGACAAGAUUCUUUCCCGAGCGAAAUGUAGUUUUCCCUGCCACCCACACAAGGCAUCGAGUAAUGCACAACAAUGUACCAUCGUCGCCCGCUCUAACCAAUCUCUCGUUUCAACGACCUGGCUCCGGUAAGCCGGAAGAGCCAACAAUGCGCUCUGGAAGUAACCGAGCGUUCUGCGCAUAUCUCCUCUCCCGGUUACUCCACUCGGAAAGCCCCAUUGGCUACGGCCGGCGCCCUCCCCCUUCCCUUUCACUGCCUUCUCUCAUGCGCAGAGACGCACUUGCACAGAGUAUGCGGUCUCGCAGUAACCGAGCGUUCUGCGCAUAUCUCCUCUCCCGCUUACUCCACUCCGAAAGCCCCAUUGGCUACGGCCGGCGCCCUCCCUCUUCCCUUUCACUGCCUUCUCUCAUGCGCAGAGACGCACUUGCACAGAGUAUGCGGUCUCGCAGUAACCGAGCGUUCUGCGCAUAUCUCCUCUCCCGCUUACUCCACUCCGAAAGCCCCAUUGGCUACGGCCGGCGCCCUCCCCCUUCCCUUUCACUGCCUUCUCUCAUGCGCAGAGACGCACUUGCACAGAGUAUGCGGUCUCGCAGUAACCGAGCGUUCUGCGCAUAUCUCCUCUCCCGCUUACUCCACUCCGAAAGCCCCAUUGGCUACGGCCGGCGCCCUCCCUCUUCCCUUUCACUGCCUCCUCUCAUGCGUAGAGACGCGCGUUGAAAGGGGGCGGGUACUGGCUUGGAUAUUGCGGAUUGCGUACAAGAGUGCAGACGUAAGAAAGAGAAAGAAGAAAAGCGGGAUGUGUACUACCAUAAGUGUAUAUCCCAGUCUUAAUGAUCAUUGAUAUCAGUUCAAUGGCAAUUGAACACGCUGAUUAGUCAGAUCUCUCUUGCCACCCUGUUCUUCGUUUUCUCGUGUCCGCACUCAUAAUGUGACUGCAAUACUGUGCCGGUAUCCAGCUUCCUUGGAGUCACCGGUUGGGUACUUAUUGGUGGAGGCACGGCGUUAUACAGUCGUCGUCCGAUUUUUCGGACUCGGCGGGGAUCGCGCAAAAGUCGGAAUAAUCGAACAGUCCGAAAAAACUAAUUUCGCUUCAAAAUAAACUUUACUAAGCACUAGUACGCUGAAAAAAAAAAAAAAAAGCCCAAUGCUUUCCCAACAUGCUUCCAGCUCUGCCUUAUGACAUCAGCUUCUAUUUCCCGAAGCAACGUUUCGUCACUGUACGCUGACAGAGGCACCGCCGUCAUCGAGUCCGCAAGUCGGCUUCACCUAACGCACGCGUGCUUUAGGUGAAGCUCGCUUUGCAGCGCUGUCGCGCGACUCGCGGGCGGACAGCACGUGCUGGGCCUUUUGAGUUAAGCCAUUGGCCAAAAGCGAAGACGCAGAAGCGUUACGAUAUACCUGUUCUACUCAGAGGAAUGGAAAAUGACCAAUCGUUGCCUAUUUUUUUUCCUCAAUGUUUUAGUUGGUUGAUCUCUUUUGAUACGAAUUUUCGGAUGAUGACCAAUAUUUUCGGUCAAUCCAAGAGAGAAAUUCGCUGGUUGGGCAAACAGAGUCCGAAAAAUCGGUCUGCAACUGUAUUCGCACGAGUUCCUGUUUUUUUGGACACAAAUAUAAUCUUUUGAAAUCGGCGCUGAUAAAAUGUGGAUAAGUCUGCGCGCCUCUGUGGUGCACGCGGAUAUACGCAUUUUAUCCGCAUAUAAACAUUGGUGCCUCUGCCAACGUCCCCUAUGGGGAAAGAGAACUGAGAGCAUGCAGUGAAUCGAAAAAUGGUGUCUGUGUUUACUAUCCUUUGCAUUGUUCUUACCCUAGCAGCUGUUGUCGAACGACAGUAGAUGAGAUAGAGUUCCUGCGAGUGCUUACAUGCCGAAAAGUAACAUGAUAUGUUCUUUACAUAUAUUCAUUGCGGAUAUUUUUCCCUACAAAGUGCAGCGACCGCGGAUACACCCGCGGAUGCUGUCACGCAUCUUGUAUGCGGACACUGUCGACCGUAUCCUCGCUCACCUUUUAUCGGAGGCAGGUCACGGAGAUGGGAGAGAAAUGGCGACCCCAUACAUUAUACAUAGAUAUUUCGACGAGGAAUCAAUUUGUGCGGCACUCAAGAGUGUCCGUGUUGUACAUAUACUCUUGGCUGUGGAAAUAAAUGUUUUGCACCUAC